UUUAUUUUUCUGUUGGACUGGCAUCACCCGAUUCCUUCUUCCAUCCCCAGCCGAGUCGCGACACCACAUCCAACUGGGAGUGAAAAGACGCGUGCGGGACUACAUCAUGCACUGUUCAUUAUUUCAUAACAUUGGCCACGACAAUUACUCAUCGCUGGUGCCGUUUGCGUCCGUGGCUGGUGGUGUUGGUGCGGAAGUGGUUCAAUGUGCAGCGCCUGCCAGUGCGGUGGUGCUUGUUGCGACCAGUGUUGAAAUCGGUGCUAAUAACUGGCUUAUAAAAAGGAGACGUUCCUGAUUAAUGCCAUCGCAUAGAUACUGGUGCAGCUGAUACACGCGCGUCCGUGCACCGUGUGUAGUUAUUAAACCACAGCCGCAACACCCGCGGACAUUCACGAGGUGUCAAAGGGACUGGUGGAGUUCGCGACUUUUUAGGCGCGAAAAGCUGUAGAAAAAGGAACAUUAAGUUCAACCAACAAGCAUUUCCCUAGUAGAAACGAUUCAAACCUCCCGCAGGCAAGAACAAAAACCGUUCCUGUGACUGUUUAGUGCAUAGUGUGUUUUUCGUGAGUUUUAUGUGCGUGGGUGAACUGUGUGAGCACCUUUAGGGCGCAGAACAUAGUGUGCAUUGCUGCUGGGUGGGUUUCAUCAAUCAAACCCACAUCAAACAGGCCCAUUGGCUCCCGUCCUUCAAUCAGCCAGGAUUACUCUUAAAGAGGCACGCAGAACAACACAGCGCACCACAUCAAGCAUGCCACGAAAUCGGAAAAAACACGCAGCCGCCGACAACUGGCAACAGAAUAACGAUCAGUCCGAUGAUGAAACGUCGAACGAUAAUGCGAGCACGUACUCGUGCCAUUCGGAGACGCAACUAGCGGACGGUCACAACGGUAGCAUCGAGUCGGGCGAGUCGGGUGAAUCCGGUAGCAGCGGGUUCGAGAAGUACGAGGAGAAGCUGUUGCAGGCGAUCGAGAAUGUGUCGGAUAAGGCGCAGCAGACGCGCAUCAACGCGUUCCAGACGAUCAACGAGGUGCUGGUGCACCACUACAUCCCGGACUUUCUGGACGACCGGAAGGUGACGCUGAUGGAUGCGGUGGAGAAGUCGCUGAGACGUGGCAAGGGUGUGGAACAGUCGUGGGCCGCCCGGAUCAUACCGCUGCUGGUGAUUCAGAUCGAGGCGCUGGAGGAUAUUGGGGAGCUGGUGACGGUGCUGAAGCCGGUACUGCUCAGCACGGCCCAGGACGGUUCGGCCGCGUACGAUGCCCGUGCGAAGUGUUGUGCUGCGCUCGGGUUGCUGUGCUUCGUCGGUGUGGAUGAUCUCGGCGAGAUACUGCCGCUGAUGAAGGUGCUGCAGAACCUGUUCGCUGGCAGCUUCCUGAAGGGUGAUAAUAGCCCGAGCGGUGCUACCAACGAUGCCGGUGCACUGCACAGUGCGGCACUGAGCGCUUGGUCGCUGCUGCUCACACUGUUGCCGCCCGGUGAGUUUGUGGCGCUGAUGGGCGGUGCUGCCGGUACCGGUGUCGUACCCUCCGUAGGCAAUCUGGUCGGCAUGCUGCAGAGCCCGAUACUCGAGGUGCGCAUGGUCGCGGGCGAAACGCUCGCACUGAUGUUUGAGCUGGGCCGGCAACAUGAUGACGAAUUUCUGGAAGAGGAGCUACCGCUGUUGAUCGAGGCAGCCCAGAAGCUCGCCACCGAUGCGCACAAGUAUCGGGCGAAGCGGGAUCGCAAGGUGCAGCGGGCCACGUUCCGGGACGUGCUGCACUAUCUGGAGGAAGACAUUUCGCCCGAAAUUGGCAUCAAGUUUGGCCGGGAGCUGCUGGUGCUGAACACGUGGGCCACCCAUCACCAGUACACGUGUCUGCGGAAUGCGCUCGGGUUUGGCAUGAACGUGCACCUGGCGGAGAACGUGUUUGUGCGCGAGGUGCUCCAGCUCGGGCCGAAGAUGGACGAACCGGAACGGCUACGGAAAACCGUGAAAGCCGAACAGCGUUUCAUUAAUGCAGCCGCGUUCAAGGCGCGCACGAUUUCCCGCGGCAAAAAUCGCGACAAACGAUCAUUCGCGCUGAAUUAGGCUGGGCCGCGCCGUUUAGUUGUUUCUGUUUUAAUUCCCCUUCAUUUUUGGGUCGGGUGUGAGGAGAUAACUCUGUUCGUUUUUCUUUACCACCCUGCCCACACUCUCUGUGCAUUACUUAAUCCCAAUCAUUUUCAAUGCCAGAUAUAUAGGAUAAUGAUAAGUCUCUCGCAAGGAAAAUAUUAUACUGCAAAAUGGUUUGGCACACUAACAGCCAGGUAGAAGGAG